UGGAUGUUGCUGCAACACCGUUUCUCUCUUCAACAAAAAUAAUCUCUUCAUCCUCUGACUCCUCCCUGCGGUCUGGUUCACUUUUAUUUUCACAAAAGCUCUGACGUCAGCUCUGGGUAGUGGAGAGUGUAAACGCACACACGUAUUUAGUUGGAAAAAGUUGCCCACUCUCAACUUUCCGUAAAGGAAACGAUUUCAGACGUUUUUUUUCUUCCGGCAUCUCUGCUUGCGAGGGGACAAUGUGCGACCCACACAUGUCCGUGUGUUGACAGCGCAGGACACUCCGUGUGUGUGGUGUAUCCUACAGUUGUGGUUUUCCCUGACUCACCUAUAGAGUGUAGGCUUAAACAGGUAGACCAGGUAGGCUACGGGAGCGAAAUCCGGAAGAACAAGCACAUCUGACUGUUCCCACUAUUUUUUCUCUUACCUUUGCAACUGAACUUCUCCCAAUAACGUGUAUGCAGUUUUGAUAAUUCUUCGGAGAGUAGAAGUGUGAAGAUGACGGAAUUACCAGUUCACAAGAAAAAUAUGCUGAUUCUAGUUGAUGUUCUCUGUGUGUUAGUCGCGGCCCUUCCGUCAGCGGUCUUGACGUUAAUGUUCAGCCCGUACCAGAGGGGUAUCUACUGUGAUGACGAGAGCAUCAGAUAUCCUUACAGAAGAGACACCAUCUCCCACAGGGCAAUGGCUGCAGUCACCAUCCCCUCCUCCAUAGUCAUAAUAACUACAGGAGAAGCGUACCUGGUGUACUCCAAGCGUCUCCACUCCAACUCUAACUUUAACCAGUACAUGUCAGCUCUCUACAAGGUGGUGGGGACCUUUCUGUUUGGAGCAGCUGUGAGCCAAUCACUGACUGACCUGGCCAAGUUCACCAUUGGCAGGCCACGCCCUAACUUCCUGUCUGUGUGUAAUCCCACGGUGUGUUCUGGGUACAUGCUGCAACUCAACUGUACCGGCAACCCUCGAAACGUCACUGAGUCCAGAUUGUCGUUUUACUCCGGACACUCUGCCUUCGGGAUGUACAGCAUGCUGUUUCUAGCAUUGUAUGUGCAAGCACGUAUGCAGGGGAAGUGGACUCGUCUGGUCAGACCCACAGUGCAGUUCUUCCUCGUGGCGUUUGCGUUGUACGUUGGAUACACACGGGUUAGCGACUACAAACACCACUGGAGCGACGUACUGGUGGGACUGCUGCAGGGAACUCUCAUCGCUGUGCUCAACGUUUGCUACGUCUCUGAUUUCUUUAAGCUCCGCCCCCCUCCUCGCCGCCCACGAUCCGAGGCGGCUGAAGACGAACACCUAGAGGCCAAACCUGGCCUGGACCCAGACACACAACUACACAACAACCACUACAAUUACACAACUACUUCAGCCCGAACUCAGACUAACAACUACACAACAACCACUGCAACUACACAACAACCUCUACACAACAAUCACGGUAACCGUGGGGAAGUGGCGUAGACAGUCAUUUGUUGGUGGGUGGGCCUGCAGAAAUUUGGGUGGGCAAUUAUUUUUAAUUAAAAUGUUUUGUUGUUGGGGAAAGGAGCUAACUUCCUGCAAUGUUGCCAUUGGGCCAAGAGAGAAAUGUACAGUUUUAUAGCUGUUUAUGAAUUCUAUCUGAUGAUGUUUGCAUGCUUAAGUGAAAAGACAACAAAUAGUAGAGCCCGACCCGUAUUGGAUUUUUGGGUCCGAUACCGAUUUUUGGGGAGGGAAAAGUCACAGAUUACUGAUAUCUGUCGAUAUAUUGUUUUUUUAGAGGUUGAAUGAAAAACAGACCAAAUUGUGCUUCAUAGGAUCAACAGAUACUCUAAAUGAUGAUUUCUUAACUAAAUAUUAUAGUUAACAUUAUUUAAGAACAUUUUAUUUGUGGUUUACAGGAGAUCCAGUGAAUACAAAGCUUGUUUAGUUGACUUUCUUAGGUGCAACUUCAAAAUGUCUAUGGCAGUGGAAAAGAGGUAUGAAAAAGUGUUUGUGCUAAACCACCAUAAGGGUGAGUAGAUUUACUCGUGUUUUACAGCAGUCAAAGGUCAUGGAAACAAACACUUUAUGGCAAACUUGCAAUGGGAGUACGUAAUGACAAGCACAAGCUAGCUGUUCAUUACGACAAUGUUUUCUUACAGAAACCAUAUUUACAUAACACUGUUAUUCAAUACAAAAUGUAUUGGCUAUACAUUUCAACUACAAAUGGCAUGCGCUGAUGACUGAAAAUGUUUAUGCAUGCAAAUUCUUGCUGCACUCGUUUUUGUCACACGUUAUAAUUUCGCGAGCUAGCUAACAUUAGCUACUUAUCUCAUAAUGAAGGCAAGCACAUGGCCUGAAUGAUAGACCUGCGCCAACUGUCUUGUUUUUUGCAGAUUGCAUAUUUCAGAAAACAAACUAAAUUAGCCCACUAGCUAACAUAUUAGGCCCUGACAGUAUCGGUCUUCUUUUUGUAUCAAGGACGAGUGUUCACUUUGGCACCAGUCCAGUAUUGGCACAUACGUAGCACAGAUUGCUAGCUAGGUAGCUAAGUUUCCCACCCAUGCCUACGCCCACCCAUGCCUACGCCCACCCAUGCCUACGCCAACCCAUGCCUACGCCCACCCAUGCCUACGCCCACCCAUGCCUACGCCCACCCAUGCCUACGCCAACCCAUGCCUACGCCCACCCAUGCCUACGCCCACCCAUGCCUACGCCCACCCAUGCCUACGCCCCUGCCAUGAAGCUGUCUGUGUGAGAGAAGUGUGUAUAUCAGUGUAGGCUCAUUGUAUUGGCUGGAAUGGAAUAAAUGGAACGGUAUCAAACACAUUUAUUCCAGUCCAGCCAUUACAAUGAUCCCGUCCUCCGAUAGCUUCUCCCACCAGCCGCCACUGGUGUGUAUGAGAGGAUGUGUAUAACCACUCACAUGCAUUUUAACUUUGUAUUUUAUUUUAAUACAACGUACUAAAAGUAUGGCGGAUGAAACCGUUUUAGCAGAGAGAAAGACGUACUGUGUAGUUCCCUAGAUUUCAAUUAUGCUAAAAGGAAACACUGAAACACCAGUUUUACAUUUUGUUAUGAUUCAUUUAUAUUUCCUUUGUGCAGCAGCAUCAACCAGGUCUUCCUGGUGUGUGUAGUUUUUUUGAGUGUCCUUUUUUUGUUUGUUGCCACCCACCACCAACCUACCUGAUUGAACUAGUUGUUAAGACCUUGAUUAGCUGAAUCGGGUGGGUUAGUGUGCUCAUCCUGUAGUUCUCCAGGACGGGGGAAGGCCAACGGUCUGGAGUUCAUCGUUAGGCCUACUGAUACCUAACAUGUCUGUAGAAGACAUGCAUGUACAGUAUAUGGAAUGUAAAACAGUGUUGCAUAGAUAAUUACUUUCUGUUUAUUUCUGUCAUAUCGCUAAGAUUGUAAUACCACGACUAGCCCACUGUGAUGUUUUUCUUAUGUUAUUGACGCAACUUGUAUUAGUUACUCCAGUUUAUUAUAUAUAAAGCUGUGUAUAACCUGCCUACCUGCAUGUGCACACAGUAGGUCCUGUGAGAUCCAUGUGCUGCCUUUGAAAUGUUAUUGAUAAUCGUCAGUGUGUCAAUGAUUGAGUCGCUCACUGAGAUGUUCUCUGAAAAACACAUUGCAGUUCUGCAAAGGGUUAAUAUAUACACUAUAUAACCAAAAGUAUGUGGACACCUGCUCGCCGAACAUCUCAUUCUGAAAUCAUGGGCAUUAAUAUGGAGUUGGUCCUCCCUUUGCUGCUAUAACAGCCUCCGAUCUUCUGGGAAGGCUUUCCACUAGAUGUUGGAACAUUGCUACGGGGACUUGCUUCCAUUCAGCCACCAGCAUUAGUGAGGUUGGGCACUGAUAGGCGAUUAUGCCCGGUUUACAGUCGGAGUUACAAUUAAUCUCAAAGAUGUCCGAUGGGGUUGAGGUCAGGGCUCUGUGCAGGCCAGUCGUUUCUUCCACACCAAUCUCGACAAACCAUUUCUGUAUGGGCCUCGCCUUGUGCAUGGGGGCAUUGUCAUGCUGAAACAGGAAAGGGCCUUCCCCAAACUGUUGCCACAAUGUUGGAAGCACAAUUGUCUAGAAUGUCAUUGAUUUCCCUUCACUGGAACAAAAAAAACAGCCCCAGACCAUUAUUCCUCCUCCACCAAACUUUACAGUUGGCACUAUGCAUUGGGGCAGGUAGCGUUCUCCUGGCAUCUCCCAAACCCAGAUUCGUCCGUCGGACUGUCAGAUGGUGAAGCGUGAUUUAUCACUCCAGAGAACGUAUUUCCACUGAUCCAGAGUCUAAUUGCGAGCUUUACACCACUCCAGCUGACGCUUGGCAUUGCACAUGGUGAUCUUAGGCUUGUGUGCUGCUGCUCGGCCAUGGAAACACAUUUCAUGAAGCUCCAGACAAACAGUUAUUGUGAUGAUGUUGCUUCCAGAGGUGGUUUGGAACUCGGUAGUGAGUGUUGCAACCGUGGACAAGCAGUCCAGUUCUGUGAGCUUGUGUGGCCUACCACUUUGUAGUUGAGCCAUUGUUUCUCCGAGACAUUUCCACUCACAAUAACAGCACUUACAGUUGACUGGGGCAUCUCUAGCAGGGCAGAAAUUUGACGAACUGACUUGUUGAAAUGGUGGCAUCCUAUUAUGGUGCCACGUUGAAAGUCACUGAGCUUUUCAGUACAGGCCAUUGUUUGUCUAUGGAGAUUGCAUGACUGGGUGUUCAAUUUAUACACCUGUCAGCACGGGUGUGGCCGAAUUCGCAGAAUCCACUAAUUUGAAGGGGUUUCAACCUACUUUUGGCCAUGUAGUGUAUUUUAUUGUGUUUGUAUCCACACUGUAUUCCUUAAUAAGCUUGUCUGUAACAAACUGAAGCUGCAAUCAAAUGUGUGUAUUUCUUCUUGAUGGAAAAGAGAACUUGAGUUUAUGGAAGUAUUUUUCCUUUAUAAUCUGACAACUCAUGCUGAGACGAAAGUGCAUGCAGAACCAUAGAGUUGUAGGAUGUCUUCAACUUCAUGGAUUCAUCCAUGUCAUUCACUAGGACUUUCUCAAUGUUGGUUGGAGUGAGGGCACACCAGACCCAGUGAUGAAGACACUUGCAUGUUGUCAUAUCUUUAUUUCAAUUGGUUUUGUUUUAUUUCUCUGUAUUGCUUUUUUUGUAGUUUAUGCAUAAAGAUAAACUAAAUGUC